CAGUUUACUUUUGUACGUGCGAUCGCCUAGAACUUAACGCUCGGUAGUGUGAAACAAUACAUUUAACGAAGUCUACUGUCACAUCGCAUGCUCGUAUGUACUCGUGUUGUAUUACGUAAUUCGAAUUCGGAAUGACGCCUUCGUUGCUAUAUUGGCUGCUACUGCUCGGCUUGACCGCAAAUCACUUCAACGCUGUCACUGCGGCGCGCAUACUUGGCUUCUUUCCAUCACCCUCCAAAUCGCAUCUGAUCGUGCAUGCUGCCAUUGCCGACGCAUUGGCUAAUGCAGGCCAUGACGUCACUGUAAUUGCCAGCACGAAAAAUGCAUAUCCAAAUGCAAAGUACAAGUAUAUACAAAUUAAUGGCACAGGAUUCGGCAGCGCCGUGCUAACGGGCAUGAUAAAUGAUUCGAAGCCUUUCUAUAGAAAAUUUGAUGGUAUAGUGAGGGCGAUAUCCAAAUCAGCAAACGAAUCUAUCACAAAUCCACGUGUUCAGCGUUUUCUCGAAGAACAUAGAGCUGGUGCUUUUGAUUUGCUCAUACUUGGUUAUUUUAUGAAUGAGUUUCAUCUGGGCUUAGCUAUGCAUUUCCAAUGUCCUAUUAUCGUGUCCUUUUCGGCACAACCCAUGGUUGCGAUCCACCAGCUAUUAGGCAAUCCCAGCGAGGCGGCUUACGUGCCGACCUUGUUGAGUAAUCUGGUACAACCGAUGGAUUUUUUUGCGCGUAUGAAGAACUAUGUGGUUACGCUGUUUGAAGAGUUUGGCGUUGUACGGUUGAUGAGGCAACAACAGCAAGAGCUUUACGACUACAACUUCCCGCCAGAUCGUUACCCACCACUCGAUGAGGUGCGCAAAAAUGUCUCGCUGGUCUUCGUCAAUCACCACUUCAGCCAGGGUCCAAUUCGUCCCAACGUUCCCAAUCUAAUCGAAAUCGGUGGCAUACAAAUCAAAGAGAAACCCGAUCCUCUGCCCGCGGAUAUUGGUAAGGUGCUCGACGAAGCCAAAGAGGGUGUCAUCUAUUUCAGUUUGGGCACCAACAUUCAAAGUACACAUCUAACCGAAGAGAAGGCGAAGAUAAUGUUCAAUGUUAUCUCGAAGCUGCCUUACAAAGUGCUAUGGAAAUGGGGCGACUCAGACCGACCUGGUCAAUCGAACAACAUCAUCUACAAGGAUUGGCUGCCACAGGACGACAUACUCGCGCAUCCUAAUAUCAAGCUGUUCAUCACACAUGGCGGUAUGGGCAGCGUGGUGGAGGCACAAUAUCAUGGCGUGCCCAUGGUGGGCAUACCGCUCUUUGGCGAUCAGCCAUCAAAUAUGGCAAAUGUUGAACGUUCGGGCUACGGCCUCUCCGUGGACUACAUAACGUUGUCGGAGGAGAGUCUUAACAAAGCCAUACAGGAAGUGCUGCACAAUCCCAAGUAUACAAAGACGGUGCGUGACUUCUCGCGCUUGUAUCGCGACCGUCCAAUGUCACCGCGUGAGACAGUCGUCUACUGGGUGGAGUAUGUACUGCGGCAUAACGGCGCCAAGCACAUGCAAUCGCCGGCGGUCCACAUGAAUCGCUGGCAACUAAUGUCACUCGAUGUAAUCGGCUUUUUAUUGGCAAUCGUUGGCUGCGUUGUGGCUGUGUUCGUGAAGAUUUGCAUGCUGCUGUGUUGUAGGAGAAAGACAAAAACAGCCAAGGUGACCAAAGUUAAGGUGAAGAAAGCGAAAAAGAACGAGUAAAUGGGAGAAAUAUUUUUAAUAUAGUUUAGUAUUAUAAAUAAUUGAGUUGUAAAGUAUGAUCGAUUUUUUUAACUAAAUAAAUAUUUUUAUUUGUUUUA